UGAACCGAUGACAAGGUGUAUUUGAGCGCGGAUAUAGAUUACUGUUGUUAAAACACAAGUCAGCGCUUUUAAGUCUAAGUUUAUCUAUUGAUUGUUGUCUUGUCGCUGGUUUAAAAAAUUGAAAUAGUUUCUAAAACUUUGUCGAGUUCAAAAUUUAUUUAGUCUACGCGAUCAGAGCCUAGACACACAUGGCAAACUUUAUUUUCUAGCGUGGACUAAACUUUAACAGUUUCGAUAUCUUUUGAAGUAUCGGGUACACUGACUUUCAGUUUAAAAAUUCACCUUUAUAUACUGUGGCAAUAUAUAGUUUGUAUUCACGCCUCAAAAUGAAGACUUUAAACUAUAUAUUGAUUUAUUUGGUUGGUGCUCUUAUGACGUCAACAGUUAUUGGCAUGCGACAAGAGACACUAGAUUAUAUGGCAACCUUUAUGAAUAUUAGAUAUGAAGUUAUAGACAAUAUUAGAGAUUCUUUGAAACUUUUUGAAGCGGAAUUAAGUUUUACAAAUCAAGGGGAGGACCCCAUCCCUGCUUCAGAAUGGGAAUUGUAUUGGUGUCAGAUGAACCUUGUAGAGCCUGAAUUCUUGCCACGUGACGAAGGGGUUGUGCUUGACAAAUAUAAAGUGAAAUUGUCACAUCUGCAAGGAUGCAUGUUUAAAUUAGAACCUGUUCGGGGUUUUAGAGUAAUUCGACCGGGCGAAACGCGCAAAAUUAGAUUCGUUUCCGAAAAUUUUUCAGUGGCUAAAUCUGAUGUAAUUCCUAAUUGGUAUCUAUCGUCAAACGGUUUAGAGAGUCGUGUGUUGGUUAGCACAACUGGAGAAAGUUUAGAUUUUGUUGGAGAGUUUGACACUCCUAAUAAAUGGAAACGUUACGACUGGAAGGACGAGAAGAGUGAAGGACAUGAUCUUUAUGACCCAUUCACGCCCCGUACGCGAUAUGCCAUGAACGCUGAUGUAGAAGACAAAGGUCGACCUGGAAAACUGGUCAUUCCUACCCCAGUACAAAUAGCUGUCGACACAUCUAUGACAUUAAAUUUGGAAACUAGGGACUGGCAAGUGGUUGCUCCUCCAGUUUUCUUAAAUGAAGCAGAAUUUCUGGCAGAUAAACUUGGAUUUGAUGUCACCGAUCAAAAGCCAUACAGUCGAUUCAUUUGGUUUCAUCAGGCCGAUGUUAAAGUUCGUAUGAAAGGUGAAGACGUCUCCAAUGAUGAAGUUUAUUCUUUAGAAAUAGAUCCAGUCAAGAGUGUAAUUGAAAUCAAGGCACGAGCUGGACCAGGGGCUCUGUACGCGGUUAAGACUCUAUUGAGUCUAAUGGAUGACCGUAAACUGGUACCUCGUGCAAGUAUAGUUGAUGGACCACGAUAUCCAUAUAGAGGUGUGAUGUUGGACGUGGGUAGAAAUUUUCACCCUAAAGAUCGUGUAAUACGACUAUUGGAUACUAUGGCUGAUUAUAAAUUAAACAAGUUACAUCUACAUUUAUCAGAUGAUGAAGGUUGGAGACUUGAAAUCCCUGGUCUAGAAGAACUAACCGAGGUAGGUUCUCAACGUUGUCACGAUCCAGAAGAAACCGAGUGCCUCCUACCUUUCUUGGGAUCAGGUCCAGUGCCAAGCCGACCAGGUUCCGGUUAUUACACGACCGAAGAUUACCAGGACAUUCUCAGACACGCCAAAAGUUUACACAUUGAAGUCAUUCCAGAACUGGAUAUGCCUGGACAUGGUCAUGCUACUAUUAAAGCUAUGGAGGCCCGAAAAAAGAAACUGUUGUCAGAAAACAAAGUAGCUGAAGCUGAGAGAUAUAUCUUAGUUGAAGAAAACGAUCCGUCCGUUUAUAAAUCUAUUCAAUUGUAUACAGAUAAUGCUAUCAAUCCAUGUUUACAGUCCACGUAUACCUUUAUUACCAAAGUGGUACAAACCGUUCACGACCUACACAAAAACAUAAUGCCCCUCAACAUUUAUCAUUUUGGAGGUGACGAGGUUGCAAAAGGUGCAUGGGAGAAUUCCACUGCAUGCAGUUUCACAAAAGACAAAAAAGAUAUCAAACAACUGUUUGUGCGUCAUAUGUCCAACUUGACAGCGGAUAUGGGAUUAGAUUUGGCUGCCUGGGAAGAUGGUGUAAUGGAAGCAGGCAGUAAGCCUUAUCCUAGGAACAUUCUACAGAAUCGAAACGUGUAUGCAUACGCCUGGGAUAAUAUUUGGGAAUGGGGUCAAGCUGGUAGAGCAUAUACUUUAGCUAAUGCUGGUUACAAGGUGGUUAUGGCACAGGCUACACAUCUUUAUUUUGACCACCCUUAUGAACCUGAUCCAUUAGAACGUGGACUUUAUUGGGCUCCAAGAUACACUGAUGCACGUAAAACGUUCAGCUUCAUGGCAGAAAAUCUCUAUAUGAAUGCUGAUGUUGCUAGAUCUGGAGAGCCCCUUACUCACAAAGCUAUGUGUGGUUUAAAAGGCGAAUUUUGUCCACCAUUAAAAAAGCCGAAAAAUAUUGUGGGUAUGCAGGGUCAUCUAUGGAGUGAAUUAAUUAGAAAUCGUGAUUUAGCCGACUACAUGUUGUUUCCCAGAUUCCUAGCUCUAUCAGAAAGAGCUUGGCACGAAGCUGCAUGGGAAAGAGUGAAGGACAACACAUCAAGGAAUGAACAAAGGGACGCAGACUGGGUAGAUUUCGCCAAUACUUUGGGGCACCGUGAAUUACGUAGACUUGACGAAAAGGGUCUGAAAUAUUCUGUUCCACCAGCAGGUGCAAUAAUUGUCAAUAACAAACUACGAACUAAUGUUGCUUAUCCCGGAUUAACGGUAGAAUAUAGUGUAGAUAAUGGUGAUACAUGGUGUCAACACAGUGGAGAAGUAGAUCUUGUUCAUCCGACCACAGUUUUCCUCAGAACUAGAUCGGCUAACGGUGAUAGAACCAGUCGAGUAGUAUCUUUGGCCACAUAUGAAGGCAACCCAGCAUCCAAAUCUGUUAGUUUGAUUUAUUCACUAAGUCUACUGUUCACGUCACUAUUAUCUUUAACGCACACGCUUAUUUAAACUACUUAAUUAAAUAUUUUUUUUAAUAAUUUGAUUAUUUAUAUGAAUAUAUUUUGUAAAUAAUUUACACUUUUUUUUACUUAUGUGCUUGCAUUGUACAUUUCUAUUGGCUUAUUUUUUUUAAUGCAAAUUUACAUAUUGUACAUAUUAUUCAGCAACAUAAUUUUCUUUGUGUUUCCAACUGAUCUCAAUGGAGGUAACAUCAGGAUUCAGACCGCGGAUUUUUUUGGACAAAAACUGAAUAAAUUUACUGAAUAGACUAAUACCGCUGAUGGUAUUUAAUUACUACCAAACAGUUAAUACACGGCACUAAACAGCUUCUAAGUAGGAUCAAUAACAAACAUUGCAGCGGGACAAAAUGUGACAGGAGCCAUAAUAAGUAGAAAUAAUUGUUUGAAACAGACAAGACAGGUAGCUGGCUUAUUUUCACUACUAAAGUCAAAUCUUAAAUGUCGCUGUAGAUAACAAAAAGUCGUUUUUGAAACCCCGCUUUAUUAUAUCUCCCGCAAAAAUUUCCCGCUUCAAAACAUAUAAUAUAGCCAACAUCUGGUAUGAUUUUAGUAUAGUGAGA